GCAGCCCCAAGUCGCUGGCAUUCCCGCUACACGGAGCGAGCGCCUCCUCCGAGGGUCUCCGGGCGCCAGAGCCAUGACCCUCCGCCGACUCAGGAAGCUGCAGCAGAAGGAGGAAGCGGUGGCCCCCCCGGACCCCGCCGCCCGGGCUCCCGACUCGGAAGUCGCUCCCGCCGCUCCGGCUUCGACCCCGGCCUCUGGUCCCCGUGCUGCGGCCGCCAGCCCCGGGGCCCCCGGGGAUGAACUGUACGCGGCGCUGGAGGACUAUCACCCGGCCGAGCUGUAUCGCGCGCUCGCGGUGUCCGGGGGCACCCUCCCCCGUCGAAAGGGCUCAGGCUUCCGUUGGAAGAAUCUCAGCCAGAGUCCCGAACAGCAGCGGAAAGUGCUGACUUUGGAGAAGGAGGAGAACCAGACCUUCGGCUUUGAGAUCCAGACUUACGGCCUUCACCACCGGGAGGAGCAGCGUGUGGAGAUGGUGACUUUUGUCUGCCGGGUUCAUGAGUCCAGCCCUGCCCAGCUGGCUGGGCUCACACCAGGGGACACCAUUGCCAGUGUCAAUGGCCUGAACGUGGAAGGCAUCCGGCAUCGGGAGAUUGUUGACAUCAUUAAGGCGUCUGGCAACGUUCUCAGGCUGGAGACUUUGUAUGGGACGUCGAUCCGGAAGGCUGAAUUGGAGGCUCGUCUGCAGUACCUGAAGCAAACCCUGUAUGAGAAGUGGGGAGAAUACAGGUCCCUAAUGGUCCAGGAGCAGCGGCUGGUGCAUGGCCUGGUGGUGAAGGACCCGAGCAUUUAUGAUACACUGGAGUCGGUGCGCUCCUGCCUGUACGGCGCGGGCCUGCUUCCAGGCUCGCUGCCCUUCGGACCCCUGCUGUCCGCGCCCGGGGGUCCCCGCGGGGGCGCGCGGCGGGCGGGGGGCGACGCGGAUGACGCCGUCUACCACACGUGCUUCUUCGGGGGCGCGGAGCCGCCCGCGCCGCUGCCGCCGCCGCCGCCCCCAGCCCGCGCGCCAGGCCCCGGCCCCGCCAAGGCCCUGGCGUCCGCGUCCCGGGCCGCCCUGAGCCGCAGCGCCAGCGUGCGGUGCGCGGGCCCCGGGGGCGGAGGCGGCGGCGGCGGGGCGCCGGGCGCGCUCUGGACUGAGGCCCGCGAGCAGGCCCUGUGCGGCCCCGGCCUGCGCAAAGCCAAGUACCGCAGCUUCCGCCGGCGGCUGCUCAAGUUCAUCCCCGGACUCAACCGCUCCCUGGAGGAGGAGGAGAGCCAGCUGUAG